AUGGCCUUCCAGCAGCGUGGGCGGGGCGGCGGCCGCGGCCGCGGACGUGGCGCACGGCCGCGUGUCGCGCCGCGCGACGUGGAAAAUGCUGUGCCUGGUGUGAACAAGAUCAAAGGUGCAAUCCGCCAGACAAAGCGCCUCCUGAGCAGGGAAUCCAUCACGCCGGGUGCGCGCAUCGAGGCGGAGCGCAAGCUGCUUGCGCUCGAGCGCGAGCUGCAGGAGAAGGAGAAUGAGAACAAGGCGCGGAAUAUGGCGAGCAGGUACCACAAGGUCAAGUUCUUUGAACGCCAAAAGCUCCACCGCCGCAUUCGACAGCUUGCGCGCGCUGUGCGCGAGGGAAACAAGGAUAAGAGUGUGCGUGCGCGGUUGUACGAGGCACGCAUCUUUUUGCACUAUGUCAUGACGUUCCCUGCCGACCAGCGGUACGUUGCCCUGUUUGCCGAGGGCAACUCGGACCCGGUCGCGCCAAGCGCAGACGCGCCGGACCGCGCGCACCGAAACGCGGCCGAGUUUCUGAGCAGUGUGCGCAAGGCCGUCAAGAAAGGCGAGCUGUCGGCUGAGCCGGAGGUCGAAUUGGAGGAACGCGAGGCGCAGUCGCGCGCGCUCAUGGCCGGAAAGAAGAAGAGUGCGGAGAUCAAGGCGGUGAAGCGCAAGCGUGUGGAAGAGGAAGAGGAAGAGGAGGGGGAUGAGGAUGAGGAAGGGGAUGAGGAGGAGGAGGACGACGACGACGACGACGACGAUGACGACGACAAAGAUGAGGACAGCGAAUCCGACGGCGAGUCCGACGACGAGUCCGACGACGAGUCCGACGACGACUCUGACGACGAUACCGUCGGCUCGUCGCCAAUCCAGUCCCCCUGCUCCCCGUGGCGGUAA